AGGCAUUAGCAAUUAGUUCUUUGCUGGGCUGUUUUUCAGAUGCAGCAGCAGCAUGGAUCUUUGGUUUGGGGCCAAAUACAGCAAGGGGAGAAAUGAUUUAGCUUUGUAGGGUUUGUGGUUAAGGAUUAAAAAGCUAUUUGUCAAUGGGGAUUCCUGGUUUAUAAAAGAGUGUAGAAAGAUGGUGAGAUCUUAAGAUAGUGGAUUCUUGGUUGAGGUUGGUCUGUUGUUAGAAGGGCUUUCUGUAGGUUGUUUUGGUGGUCUCUUGGAUCCUGAAGAGCCUAGAAAAUGAAAACUUCCUCAGAAAGCGGACCCUAUUCCACAAACCAAAGACCGUUUUUUUAUGCACAACCGACAGCACAACAACCAUUCCCAAAUCCAUGGUUUCUUGGCCCAAUGUACAACCCAUAUGGCAUGCCUACAGCAGGCUUAAGAAGUGGGAAUCCAUAUUUCCCGUUUUAUUCUGUUCCUAUCCAAGAGUACCCUGGAUAUCUUGUUCCACAACAUCCCAUGCAGAUGAGAGUUAACAGAAGACCUUAUUUUAACGGUCCUCCACCCUCAUCACCCAUGUUUUAUCAAGCCACACGCUUCAGGCAUUAUAACCCUGGGAAACGAACAGAGACCAAAGAAACUCAGACUGAUCCUAAACAGCCUGAAAGUAAACCAAAGAAAUAUCAGGAUCAUAGUAUAGAAACGAAAGGCUGUGAUACUGGAAACAUAGCCUGUGUCUCAUCUGGUGUUUGUAAAGGUACUGAAAUCUCAUUGGAAAAGCCAGAGAGCUCUGUAUCUCCUGUAUCAGACAGAGACUUUGCCAAGAGCUCUUCAGGUUCUGUACAAUUCCGAAGCCUUCCCCCACCAGGCUAUGCUUUUGAGAAAGAGGAAGUAAGAAUAGAGUAUGGGAAUGGUGGUGCCCCUGCCAUUCAGCUAUGGAAGUCCUUCAAAGAAACAAUCCCUCUUUAUGAUGUGGCAAAGAAACCAGUGGCAGAAAAUGUAAUGCAAAGAGAUAUGUUUGCUCUGAGCUCUUGUGAAGGAGUUGUAUAUGGGCCUCAUGAGCAGGCUGAGUUGGUGCCAAGUAUUUCUUAUUCAGAGGAGCAAAAGACUGUUGAAGAUGUGCAGGAGAAAGAGCUUCAAUAUAAAGCAAAGCUGGAACUGGAAAAACAAGGAGUUACUAGCCAUAGAGCAAAGUCUCCUCUAGACGAGGCCAGAGCAGUGCAGCUGGCUGAACCCACCAGACCUGACCUGUUAGGAGCAAGGCAAGAUGUUCUGAUGCCCAAAAGAUCUUCUGGCUUGAAGAGGUCCAAUGGUUCAAAAGCUCCUCAAGAUGUGUCCAACCUUGUUCGUCAAAGGGAAUUGUUUCCAUCUGGCAUGGAGAUAAGGAAUGAUUCGUAUUUCCCUCAGAAGUUGAAUGAAAACAAUAAUGCAACUGAUGGACAUCUGCCAGGCUUAGAAACAAGCUUGUGGUGUGAUGAGUCACAGAAAUACAUUCCUUCUGAGAGUUGGUUGGCAUGUUUGGAUAACAUGGAUGCUAACUACAAUUACAAUAUGUAUCUGUCCCAAAGGAAGCGUCCAAGUGUACUCAGUCUAACCUCUGACGAGAUGUCUUCUGUGGAUGAAGGCUCAUCGACUGACAAUGUACCAGUAUCUUAUUUUGCCCCCGACUACAUGCUUCAGAAUAUGUGUACCUUCAAGAAACACACAGAAGGUUUGGAGAGGGAGAAAAUAAAAAGUGGAGGUUCCCUCAAUGAAGAUGAGGAAGUGGGGGGGAUUGAACAGGCCAAUAUUAGCCACAGCCAGAACUUUAAAGGCUGCUCAAGGGUCAAGAUUAAAGAGAUUUCCAGUCAAAGCAGCAAGCUGGGCAUUCUCCCUAGGUCUUCCAGCAGAAAGCAGCUCUACUCUCUGAAGAAAAAAGCUACGAAGAGUUUGUCUCUGUCAGAACCAGAUGAUUCCGAAGAAUACUGGGUGAAGGAACUGGAGGAGGAGGAAGAGGAGGAGGAGGAAGAGGAAUACUUGAAUCAAGAAAGUUCAAAAAAACCCUUAACCCCUACCAAAAGUGGCCUUUCCAGGCAGACUGGUCAGCAGGUGAUUUGGAGAAUACCAAAACAUGCAGUGCCAGCACACCUCAUUAGUUGGCCUGUACAAGAAAAAUUAAAAACAGCUCCUAAACUGAAGAAGGAUCAAGAACAAGAUGAGGAUCUCGAUGGUGACUACAGCUUUUGGCUGCAGAGGCCUACAGCACAACCAUUAGAAGUACUAGAGCUGCGAAGAAAUUCACAAAAGUGUUCAGGAAGGCUACAAAAGGAAGGUGGAAGGAUUGCAGCUGAUGAAUACUGGAUAAAAAGUGGUGCUAGGCCCAAGUUUGCUAGCCUGGUGCAUGGUGGCCUCUUGCCCACAACCAGAAACGGAGAGAAAGGUGACUUGCCUAUAGAUAUGCCAAAGAAGAAAGGAGCACGUAAGCCUCCACACAAACGUAGAGACACAAGACAUGAUGUAGAAGUUGAAGAAUGGGAGAAGCCUAAAACCACCCAGCACAAGGGGCGCCCAGCAAAGAGAUCUCUCUAUAGAAGAAGAUAAUUAUAACUGAAGUGCAAACAUUUCCCAGUAUCAUUCAGAUGAGUCAUAAGCAAACUUUUGCAAGUGGAUCAGAUAUUAAAGUUGCACUCUCAAGAUUUCUGAGUACACGUAUGAAAAAUGUAUAAAAAAGUGGACACCAAAAUGAAGGCACUUGAUAUUGUAAAUAACACAAACAAUAUUUAAAUAAAAAUAAAGAUUAAGAUUGCACUUA